AUGGACAUGCCCCAUAUUCCACCGACUCUGAAAAACAGAUGGCCAUACGUGACUACCAUAACCAAAGGAGAAGUUGACGAAGCACACGAGCAGGCAAGGGUUUACAAAGAUUGGUUCUGUAAGACGUUUUUACAUCCCGAAGACGACCGAUUCUCAAAUGCGAUCAUGGUCGAUCGCUGGAGCUGGAUGGGGCCAAACUACCGCGAUACUUUGAAAGAAGCACCGAAUAUAGGUAGGGACUACGGCUUUUUGCAAGAGUUUAGCACUAGCUUCGCCGGAGUUCCAGAGUUGGUUAUGUGCAUCGGGCAGUGCGAAUAUCUCUCUGAUAUCUCGAAGCGGAAGGAGUACGCCCCAGUGGCUGCUUCAUUCAUUGGAGCUCCAGGAUCAGAACAUAUGCUCAUGAAGAUGGCGGAGGAGUUUCUGACCUACGCUGGCAUUCCAACCAAAGUUCUCACUGGGAAGACAGCAUUUCCAGCACCAGAAUGUCGGACUCCAAAUGAAUGGUAUCUGUAGACUACUUAAUAUAGGGGUUGGUGGUGUAAUCUAUGCAUCAGCAUGAGAUAUCACAGUUAGAAUGAAGAGAGCUCCACGUAC